GCAGUCAAAACCAUGGCCGGAACCCAACGUCUUUAAAAGCGCUUUGCGGCGGGCGAGAGGAGAGGGAGAGAGGGAGAGAGGGAGGAGAGAGAGAGAGAGCGAGAGAGAGAGAAGAGAUCUGCGUUAGGGUUUUCGUGAAAUCCCAGAAAAUUUGUUCAAAAGGGAGGAGCGAGUGCGAGAGAUUUUUGGUGAGAGUGAGCGAGGGUCUUAGAGCGAGCGAGCGAGCGAGCGAGGAAGAAGAGGAGGAGGAGAGAGAUAUAUACUUUUUCACUUUUUAGGGUUCCAAUUUCUCUGCAUUACCUGCGCCCAAUUGAUCAUGGAUCGAAAGCUAGUGGUUCUUGGUAUUCCAUGGGACAUCGAUACAGAAGGGCUGAAGGACUACAUGAGCAAAUUUGGGGAAUUGGAGGAUUGUAUUGUCAUGAAGGAGCGAUCAACUGGCCGAUCCCGUGGUUUUGGAUAUGUGACAUUUGCAACAGAUGAAGAUGCUAAGAAUGCACUAUCUAGUGAGCACUUUCUUGGCAACAGAAUGAUGGAAGUAAAAGUUGCCACACCAAAGGAGGAGAUGAGAGCACCUCCAAAGAGAGUUACCAGGAUCUUUGUAGCAAGGAUCUCACAAUCCGUAACUGAGGCUGCCUUCCGCAGUCAUUUUGAGAAAUAUGGAGAGAUAACAGAUCUUUACAUGCCUAAGGAUCAGGGCUCAAAAAUGCAUCGUGGAAUAGGUUUCAUCACUUUUGCAAGUUCAGAUUCUGUGGAAAAUUUGAUGGCUGAAACUCAUGAAUUAGGAGGUUCUACUGUGGUUGUGGAUAGAGCAACCCCCAAGGAUGAUGAUUUCAGGCCCAUAGGGAAAAUGGCGCAAGGGAGUAGUGGUGGUGGAUAUGGUGCAUAUAAUGCUUAUAUUUCUGCAGCAACAAGAUAUGCAGCACUUGGUGCUCCUACCUUAUACGACCAUCCAGGCUCAGUUUAUGGGAUAGGAAGGGAAUUACGAGGGAUGGGAAAAAAGAUUUUUGUUGGUAGGCUCCCACAAGAAGCAUCUUCUGAUGAUCUCCGCCAAUAUUUUGGUAGAUUUGGCCGUAUUUUGGAUGUCUAUGUUCCCAAGGAUCCUAAAAGAUCUGGUCAUCGAGGUUUUGGCUUUGUAACUUUUGCUGAAGAUGGUGUGGCAGAUCGUGUGUCUCGAAGAUCUCAUGAGAUCUGUGGACAACAGGUUGCUAUAGAUUCAGCCACGCCUCUUGAUGAUGCUGGAGCUCCGACUGGAGCUGGAGCAAGUGGAAGUUUUAUGAUGAACAGUGCAGCAGAAUCGUUUGGUGGCUAUGGUGGUGGACCUAUGAGGACUUAUGGAAGGAUGUAUGGGAGCCUGGAUUUUGAUGAUUGGGGUUAUGGAAUUGGUGGUGGAAGACCAUCUAGAGCAGACUGGAGGUAUCGCCCAUACUGAACAAGACAGACCCUCCAGCCUUGAAGUAGUGAUGAGAUGAGAUGGUAAAAACAGGCAACAGAAUGAAUUGCCCUAUCUGAGGAACAUAUUUGGACUUUCGACCUUCUUUGCAGAUCGGUAUCGUCUCUCUCGACGUAUGCUUAUUGCAUUCUUUGCUUUGCUUUUGAACUAUCAUAAUAGCUGUUCUUUAGCCGAGACAUGGAUCGAUCGGGGAAGGUCGGUUGUAUGGGUUAGAAGUUAUUAGUUAGCUAUGUUAUUCUCUAACUAUGCUUAAAGAAAAUGGAAUCCAUUUUAACGAUUUUUUUAGGAUGAUAUGGUUUUCCACGAAUAAUUUGAUUAUAUACAAGCAUUCAAUGUUGUAGUAA